AUGGAGAAGUUCGAGGGGGAAGUAAAGGUGCUUCGACCGUCCACCAGAGGGAGGAGGAAGCCCCUGGAAGACAAGGAGGAGGACGCAAUGGAGGGAAUGAGGCGGGUGAUGGAGGGGAUUUGCAUCUCCGACAUCACCAAAGAGGAAGACGCUCGGGAGGCGAGAAGGAAGUUGGAAGACUUCAUGCUCCGUUGCCAGGGCGCCAUGGCCAGAUUACCGGCCCAAAAUAGAGAGAGCCAAGGUCAGGAAAGAGCCGAUCCUGUCGACGAAUGCCAAAAGAGCAUGAGUCGGCAGCUUCAAGAAAUGAGGGAAAUGCUAGCCAACGCAAUCGGCGCCGGAGCCCGUAAUAGCGCUCCCGCGGCUACCUCCCACCCCGUGAGGGGGGAAAGGGUGGCCGAAAGGGGGGGCCCGGUUCCCGGCGCCGACUCGAGGGCGCAAGAAGAGGGGGAGGGGAAACAGAAAAAGGGGAAGAAGAAAAAGGGGGAUAAAGUGGGCAUUCAAAGUCCCCAAAAUCCCAUUCCCUCCUCCGCUCCCAAAGGCGUACAGGGGCCUGCCCCCCCACAAAAGGGGAAGGGCAAGGCCCCCGCACAAGGGGGAAAGGGUAAAGCCCCCACGCAAAAGGGGGCGAAAGAGACGAGCGCACAGGCGGCAUCUAUUGCUACCCCUACGCCCGAACCCUCCACGGCGAUUGAGCAGCCGUGGAUAGAGGUCCUAGGCCGCAAGGCGAAGCAGGCGGCAACUAAAGCGGCCAAGGCCGCCGCAGGGGCCCGCCAGACUCCCCCCCAGAAGCCCGUUGGUAAGAGCCAACAGGGGGGAGGGGGUGGGAAAAAGGCCCCAAAAAGGAAAGUGCCGCGCAAAUCGGCCGUCACCCGGACAUGUCCGCAGGGGCAGUAUGCCAGGGUGGUGGCCGAGGUGCGCGCCAAGGUAAACUUGGAGGAGCUGGGCAUCGGUAGCCGCAUAAACACUAGACAGGCGGCUACCGGUGCCACAAUAUUCGAGGUGUCCGGGGAAGGGCACCCGGAUAGGGCAGAUCGACUCGCGGCCCGAAUAAGGGUGGCCCUACAGGGCGAAGAGGGCGUGCGAGUCGACCGGCCCAUAAAAACAGGUGAAGUCCGGAUAAGGGGACUAGAGCCCUCUAUCAGGGCGGAAGAGGUGGUGGCCGCCGUCUCGACGGGGGCCCAGUGCGAUUCCCUGUGCAUCCAGCACAGGGGGAUACAGCAGGCCGACAGGGGAGCGGGGAGCAUGUGGCUCCGCCUCCCCCUGGCGGCGGCGAAGAAGGUGGCCCAGGUGGGCCACCUAAUGGUGGGGUGGUCCCGCGCGAAAGUGGACCUUCUCGAGGUGCGCCCGAUGAGGUGCUUUAAGUGCCUCGAGGGGGACACGCGCGGGAGCUGCCCCAGCAAAGGAGACAGGUCGGGGAGGUGUUACCGGUGCGCUGGCACCGGGCACACCUCCCGGGACUGCCAGGCUCCCCAAAAAUGCCCACUCUGUGUAGACUUGGGGAGGCCGGCGGGACAUACACUGGGAGCCAAGCAGUGCUACCAGAGAAAAGUAAAGGGGGGACACUUGGCCCGCGGCAGGCGCCGCGGACGACGGGGGCCUCCCAGGAGGCCGGUCCAUCGAGGCCGGCAGAGGAGAUGGACGUGGAGGUAG